UGCCGUUCCAAAUCAACAGUUUGAUGCUGCGCGCCCAUCACUUUCCAGUAGUGAUGCGGGUUUCCUCGUCUCAUAACAAAUCGCCUUCCUGCGUGACGUGCGGCAUCCUCGCGCCAUGCCGGCGUGCACUCACGCGGCUGUUCCGCGUCCCGGCGCCGGCUAACCUCUCCAUCAGGGCCUUCCGCUUCCGUAGCCUCCGGAAGGCAGCGACCAGGAUGAGCCCGCGCCGCCGUCGCCGCCACAGGACGUUCCGGUCGGUGCGCGCUGUCUUCUGGCCGCUCGUCCCGAUGUCGACCGCGCCGGCGACCUCUACAGCCGAAGGCGAGGCCGCGCGUAGAGCAGCACCGGCACCCGCACCGCAAACAGUGGUGCACGAGACUCCGGUCAUCGCAGUCGCACCGGUGUCGUCCACAGAGACGCCAGCGUACAUGAAGGUGGUGGCGCGGCUGCGGUCGGAGAGGAUAGCUGCUAGGGGAGGCGGAGAGGACGAAGACAAAGAGAAGGAGGAGGAGGAGGAGGAGGCGUGCCGGAGCUUCGAGAGCUAUCUGAUGGAGAUGCUGGUGGAGGAGGGGAAAGCGAGGGACCUGAAGGACGUCGAGGAGCUCCUGCAAUGCUGGGAGCGGCUCAGGUCACCAGUCUUCAUCGAGCUGGUGUGGUCCUUCUAUGGCGAGCUCUGCAAUGACCUGUUCCACGCAAGGGGUUGACGAAGUUGACAUCGAAGGCGGCGGCGGCUAUGGCUCCGAGUCCAUGUCCACUGCUUGAUCACGUAGACACGUACUGCUCAAGAAUCUGCAGGUUGCAUCAUCUCAUCGACAUUAUGUAAAUAGUACUGUACUAAGACCAUGUUCCUUCUAAACCUCUAGAGUUAAUUGUUAAUCAGCUAAUAUGUUAUUAGCCAGUUUUAGCAAUUAGUUGCUAAGGUUUAGAACACGGUCUAAGUUACACUAAGAUGUUCUGUAAUAUAUCCACAUACCCGCGGCUUUCUAUCGCAUAAUCAUUUGUGUAUAAUCAGCGAGACAAAGAUCUGGGAUUGAUUGAUUCAUAGUCCCUACCGAAA